UCCCUCUAUCAUACACCCCCACUGGAACGAGAUGACCAGCAAGCCAUUUAGAAAAAUCAUUUCCCAGCGUUCAGUUCUGGUUAGGCUUCGCCUCUCUUUCUCUCUUGAACAAGGCGAACGCCUCCCUCUAGAUCGAGGAAGAACGGCCACUAGAAGAAUCAAGGCCGCCAUGCUGGAGGAGGAGGAGCACACCGACCUGCUUUUCCGGCGAGUGCCCUCACCGAUUUCGAUUCAUGUUUAUUUCUUGAAUAUUCUCUCGCAAUUUGUUAACCAAGUACUGCUAAUCCUCGAGAGGAUCAAGACGAAGCCUCUGUGGUUGUCCGGGUGCAGGUCGUCAUCGACCAUGUUCGUCGCGUGUAGCUGCUCGCCCGCCGUGGAGAUGGCGCUCUCUGACGGGGUCAACAGCCGCCUACUUCGACUAGGCCGACGAGCUCUCCCAUGUGUCCGCGCCCCAAGAUGUCGAGUUUGUUUGUUGCUAAAUGAUCGAGGUGUUUUGCUACAAAUGUCAAUGGGUUGAAGAAAAACUCCUCAUCGUGCUAGUGUUCAAGCAAACUUGUUUGGUGUUGUUGGAAAUAUACCCUAGAGGCAAUAAUAAAUUAGUUAUUAUUA